AACCCUAGCUGGCAGGGAACAGGGCGAUGGUGCGCUUCCACGAGCCGCCGCUUGGCGCUUUGAUCCUCCCCACGUCCUUACAGCUGCUGGUACGAGUGACAAGCAAGGAAAGGAACGUCGUGGUGGUCUUUCUUUUCGAGGAGGAAGCUGAGCUCCAGUUUCCUGUGAAGGACUCUCUCGCGCGAGCUCGCAAAUCGAGACUAGUAUAUUGGAUCUCCGGCAAGGAUGGACGAGCGUCUCCAAGUGGUGGUGGACAAGGCUCAAGUGGCUGAUCACGACGAAAACGACGAUAAGGAAGAGUGCUCCAAGUGCUCCAGGUGCAUGAAGAGAGCCAGGCUGAGGAAAUGGAGGCCGGGGAUUUUCAGGAGAGCCAGAGUGGAGCGCAACCCGCUCGUGGCUCUCGAGAAAUGCCGAUCGAGUUACUAUGGAGUUUUUGGAGCUCGAAUUGCGAUCAUGUUGAUGCUCGCAAUUCUGAUCGGCUUGAUCACCAUCUUGACCUGGCACUUCACAACAGCUUACGCUACGAAGUCCAUCAAGAGCCUGGCUUACAGCUUGCGGGUGGAGCUGCUAAAGAGGACCAUAUCCAGAUCAUGGAACUUGAUAAGCACGACUCUGGACGCUACCACUACACUGGCGAAUUUGUCCGACUAUAUGAUCCCGAAACAUUUCUCCUCAAGUGUUCCUGCUACACCAAAUGGUUCUCAUCCGUCCCACCAGCCGCAGCACUUGGUGAUGAGAAACAUUACAUGGGCGGUGUUCUCGAGUCGCCAGUCGCUGAAGACGCUGAGCGUUCUGUAUUCAAACGGACAGCUACUGGCGUUUGACCGGAAUCCUGUGAACAACAAAACUUACUACUUGUUCUCCAACAACUCAGCCGCUUCCACUUUGGGUACAGAGUUUCUCGAAUUUGUUGAGUCCUCGACACCAGGUCAGUGGUACAAAGAAGAGCUGAAUCCUUCUACUGGUCAGCCCAUAGAUUCGGCAGUUUCCAUACCUUCGGUGAACUUCAGUGACUACACUGGAAACGUAUCUACCCUCAAGACCGGCGAAACGUUCUGGCACGUAGCAGUCGGCUCGACGGACAACGAGUGCCUCUUGUCAUCGGCGGCCGAUGUGAGACAUCCAGUUACAAACGAACUGAUGGCAACAGUGGUCGUAACUUCAGCACUUUCGGGGAUCAGCAACCUGAUGAAGGACCUUGCAAGGAACUACAGUGGAUCUUUCUACCUUACUUCCUACGAUGGUCUGCUACUUGCGUCAUCCAGCAACCAUUCUCUUGUGAGGGUGUUAUCUCAUGGGCCAAAGUUGACACCAGCAGUGGACGCGCAAGAUUCCGUCAUCAGAGAUGGUGCAAGGUGGCUGCGAGAGUAUCACACCGAUAGCAUUCUUGCACAGAAGGAGGUUCAUGCCGAAGACGUCGUCCUCGGAGGGAAAAAAUUUUAUAUCGACUCCUUCUAUUGGAAUUUAACUGGACUGCCUUUGAUCGGAGUAAUAUUACUGCCACGAUCCUACGUUUUGGGAGAUGUCGAUGACAGGGGCCGCACCACGCUCAUAAUCCUUGUCUCGGUGGCGAUAAGCAUCCUCGUUGUAGGAUGCUUGUUGAUACUUAUUUUCACAAGCGGAGUAUCCACCGAGAUGAAGCUUCGUUCCGAGCUUAUAAAACACCUUCAUGCUAGGCAGCGCGCAGAAGCAUCUAGCAAUUACAAAAGUCAGUUCCUUGCUAAUAUGAGCCACGAACUCCGAACACCAAUGGCUGCUGUUAUUGGUCUUUUGGAUAUACUGCUUACAGAUGCAUGCCUCACAGUGGAGCAAAUUGCUAUCGUCUCUCAGAUCAGGCACUGCUCAACAGCAUUGCUACGCCUCCUUAAUAAUAUUCUGGACUUGAGUAAGGUGGAAUCAGGAAAGUUAGUUCUUGAAAAGGUCGACUUUAACAUUCGUCAUGAACUUGAAGCUGUGAUUGACAUGUUUUCUGUGCAAUGCGUUGACAUUGAUAUCGUUCUCGACCUCGCAGAUAACGUUCCCCAGAUGGUUCGUGGGGACUUAACAAGGACAGUUCAGAUUUUUGCGAAUUUGAUUGGCAACUCAAUCAAGUUCACUUCAUCUGGGUAUAUUACAAUACGUGGCUGGGCAGAACCAUUUGUAUCACGAUACGAGCCGUUGGAAGCGUCAGGAGGUCACAUUGAGAAAUUCCUUUUGUGGUUUGAAGUUGAUGAUUCUGGAUGUGGAAUUGAUCCAAGCAAAUGGGAGACAGUGUUCGAUAGUUUCGUCCAAGCAGAUACUUCAACAAGUCGAACACAUGGAGGAACCGGCCUUGGCCUUUGCAUCGUCCGUUCUUUGGUUAGCAAAAUGGGAGGAGAGAUAAAGGUCGUGAAGAAGGAAGAGCCAGGAACUUUGAUGCGGUUCUAUCUUAUGUACGACUCUCCAUUCGAAGUAUCCACUCCAGAUAACACCACGCAUUUGGCUCAAUCGCCUUCUUUUCCUGUUGACAUGAACCAAUUCAAGGUUCUUAUUGGAAUGAAAGGAAUGAAGCUGAGGUCUUUCCUGACUGACUGGGUCGCCGAACAGAGACUCGACGUUAGCAGCACUGAAGAUUGGAACAGCCUUAUCGAGCAUAUGGACAAGGAACUUCCAGAUAGCGAAAGCAGCAAAAAGUUAUUGGUCGUCCUGGACACGAGGCUACUGCCAGCGAAUCUCGAGGCCCUUACGGAUCACCUCAACGCGCUAAACAACUUCAGCAAACGAGGUGCUCUGGUAUCCUGGGUGUUGAAUCAUGACACACCAGCAUCAGUGAAGAUGAGGAUACGUGACAAAGGAUACUCCAUCAUGGCCAACAAGCCUCUCUACAAGUCCAAGCUUUUCAUGCUGCUCAAGUCGCUGGUAGGAACUCUACCAGACAGCUUCUGCUUCAUUCCCGGGCUCCAGUGGAAAGAUGGCAUCCUUGGCCUCAGAAACACUAGCGUGGAUUAUGCACAGGACACUAUUUGGUACGGCAAAGAGCCCCCGAAGGCACUGGAGAGAUUGUCGAAAAGAAUGGACCUCAUCCUUGGAGAAGUUGCGAGUCACGUAUCUCAAAAGACACACUGUGGAGACGACGAGGACGGGUUUAGCAGCACCAGAGGCUCGCAGGACAUCAGCCACAGAGCGAUGGAGCUCAAGGAAUACACAGACGAGGAAGGAAAAGAAGUGGAAUUGGCAGCAAAGAUCCAGCCAGCUCCGUGUGUUUCGUCAAAAAUACCGCCAGUAGCUCCCAAAACUCCGGCCACUGUGGAACAGACCGUCAAGCCUCGGGCCUCGCUGACGGGAAUACACAUACUCCUCGCGGAAGACACGCCGGUGAUCCAAAAGGUGGCAGUGGUUCUUCUCAAGAAACUUGGAGCUACUGUGGUUGCCGUGGCCGAUGGACAGGCCGCAGUGGAGGCUUGGAAGGGGAGCUUGAAAGAUCAUGCGGUAGUAGACGAAGAGCGCAAGCCAUUCGAUCUCAUUCUCAUGGACUGCCAGAUGCCGAGAAUGGAUGGAUAUGGUGCCACUAGAGAAAUCCGCAAAGCCGAGGAGGGCAGUGGCAGCCAUGUCCCAAUAGUGGCGCUCACUGCUCAUGCGAUGUCCUCGGACGAAGAGAGGUGUUUGGAGGUGGGCAUGGACGCGUACCUCACCAAGCCCAUAGAUUGUAAGCUCAUGGCCACCACCAUUUUAUCAUUGACAAAGAAGAUUGUAUGGACCUAGCAAGAAAAUCUAAAGUCAAUGUAAGUCAAAUAAUGUGAAACCAAGUGAAAGUCAAAGAAGUCAAGUCAUUGUAUAAAGUCAAAUUAAAAUCUUUU